UUUGGGAUUGUGCCCACAACUGGAAAAUGUGAGCGUGGACCCACCCAGAUUGCUUAAUGCCUGGGAAGAAAAGCCUGCACCAGGAGCAAUAAAAAGGCGAGGGAGCGUGCAGGAGCAGUGAGUCCUGCAAGGAGCACACCCAGCUGUCCACCUGCUGCAGAGAUGGUGCACACAGCCUCCCCGCUGCUGCUGCUGCUCAGCCUGGCUCUGCUGGCUCCUGGCCUCUCUGUCAGACAGUGCUCGCUGACUGGGAAAUGGAUCAAUGACCUGGGCUCCAACAUGACCAUUGGGGAUGUGAGCGACAAAGGCGAGUUCAAUGGCACCUACCUGACAGCUGUAGAUGACGUACCACAAAACAUCAUGGAGUCAAUUCUGCUCGGGAUCCAAAGCAUCACAGAUGAUCAGCCCACCUUUGGCUUCACAGUCCGCACAAACUUUACAGAGUCCACCACUGUCUUCACGGGCCAGUGCUUCAUGGACAGGAGAGGGAAGGAGGUCCUGAAGACCAUGUGGCUGCUGCGGUCGAAUGCUGAUGACACUGGUGAUGACUGGAAAGCCACCAGGGUUGGCUACAACAUCUUCACUCGUACACAGUGAAUGAGUGAGGAUGGCCCCGCGAGUCCCACAUCAGCAACGAAGCUGGAGUCCUAACACUGCUUGUGACAUUCCUCCCAAUAAAGCUUUGCC